CCUCGAUCUAAUCGCCGCCGUUACGUAGCGCAUUUCAGCCUCGUCGCCCGUCCUUUCGUGGUCGACACGAAUCGUCCAUAGCAACGAGGGCUUAUGCGCGACCGAGCUGCUAUAUCUGCAGCCCCUUCGACUGUCAAGCUCCAGGGCACGGACAUGGCACCUGGGCCUGCAUCAGCUGACGGCCCCGCGCGAUCUGCCUCCCCAUCCUCGAGCUUCUACGCCAUGAGCGACGACGAGGAAGGUGGUUACAAUACCAUCACUCACACCGAGACGGGAAGGGGCGUCAAGUUGCUAUUUUCCAAGAGCAAGGUCUAUGUCCAUCCCACGCCCUCGGCCAAGGACAACAUCCCCGGGUACAUCGCCCUACUACAACAGAAGCCCUCAAAGAAUGGCCGCCCCACGUCACAGGACUCGCAAGACCCCCAGUCUCCGGCCUCGUCGGAUCUGCUCCUGGCAUGGGUGCCCGAGUCGUCGCUCGGAGACUCGGCCAGCAUAUAUGUCAAGGUUGACCUGUCCGACGCCGAGUCACCCCCGAAGCAGUCGUACCUCGUCCCCCCUCCGCCCACGGUCACGACUCACAGCGGUUCUGUUGGCGGAUAUGCCUUUGCCAUCCCCAUGAGCGCCGUCUACUCGCUGCUUGUGCGCCCGCCCAGCAUAGGCUGGUGGUACGGCUCCGUCAUCAUCAACUCCAGGGCUGGCGAUAGCUUCCCCGCCCUGUUUUUUCACGACAACGAAUGCCAGAGCACCAUCCUGCAAAAAAAGAAGCUAGCACGAGACAGCUUUGAUCCGUUUGGCGAGAGCGGGCAGAUGUUCUGGGGCGCUGACGAGGUCCUGCGAUGGCUGCGGCGGUACAUCAAGAUCGAGAGGUCCGGAGCCGAGCCCAAUGUCUAUCUGAUCGAGCCGAGCGCGGAAGACUUGACGUCCUUUGGCGGAAAGCCAACCACGAGCACCGCCGGCCACGGGAGUGCGCGUGCGUCCGGGAGUCGAGAUGCAGAGAUGGACCCCUUUGUCAAAUUCGUCAAGGAAACGGGCUGGAACAUCAUGAACCAGUUCAGCAAGGUUACGACAUUCACGAGGAGGGCGGCGCAAGACUUUGCCGAAAACUCCAAUAUGCCGCCUCAAGUCAAGAGGCUGCUCAGGACCCCCGAGGUUCAGACUUUACAGGACGAAUUCGACAGUGCGCGCAUCUACCUUGCUCGUUGGGCUAUGGGAAUUGCUGAGCAAAGCGAGCGUGAUAGAAGGGGCCGAAUAUGGACUGUGCGCGAUGUUAUGGAGCUGGAAGACACGGACGUCGGCGAGUUUGAGCUGCUCGAGAGCACCAGCGGGCUCUCCCUCGAAGAACGCCGAAGACCGGUCACCAUGGAAGAAUGGAGCGGCUACUUUGACUCAGAGACGGGACGGCUGUCCUUGACAGUCGACGAAGUGAAGGAGCGCAUCUUUCACGGCGGACUCGACCCUGAGGAUGGUGUCCGUAAAGAGGCCUGGCUGUUCCUGCUCGGCGUGUACGAGUGGUACGGCACGAUUGACGAAAGAAAAGCCCAGAUUGCGUCACUCAGAGAUCACUACUAUAGACUCAAGCAUUCUUGGUGGGAGAGGCUGGACGGCGAAGGGGGCGAAGGCGAGACGGGCGAGUGGUGGCGUGAGCAGAGGGGUCGCAUCGAAAAGGACGUCCAUCGGACAGACCGCAACGUGCCCAUAUUCCAGGGCGAGGACACGCCGCAUCCAGAUCCAAACUCGCCAUUCGCCGAAGUCGGGACCAAUGUCCAUCUCGAGCAGAUGAAGGAGAUGCUGCUGACGUACAACGAAUACAACAAGGACCUCGGCUACGUGCAGGGCAUGUCGGACCUCUUGGCGCCCAUAUACGCCGUGAUUCAAGACGACGCCAUCGCCUUCUGGGGCUUCCAAAAGUUUAUGGAGCGCAUGGAGCGCAACUUCUUGCGCGACCAGUCGGGCAUGCGGGCACAGCUGCUCGCCCUCGACCAGCUCGUCAACUUCAUGGAUCCCAAGCUGUGGAACCACUUGCAGAGCGCUGACAGCACCAAUUUCUUCUUCUUCUUCCGCAUGAUUCUCGUCUGGUACAAGCGCGAGUUUGCGUGGAUGGAUGUGCUGCGCCUCUGGGAAGGCCUAUGGACUGACUACCUCAGCGCAGAGUUUCAUCUCUUUGUUGCGCUGGCGAUAUUGGAGAAGCAUAGGGAUGUAAUCAUGGAGCACCUCAAGGCGUUUGACGAGGUUCUCAAAUAUGUCAACGAGCUGUCCAACACCAUCGACCUCGAGUCAACGCUCAUUCGCGCCGAGGCACUGUUCCGCAAGUUCCAGCGCCUCGUCGAAGCCAUCGACAAGAAGCAAAACUUUCCCGCUCCGCGACUUGCCGGCGCAGAUAGCCCGACGUCUACCAAGGAGCAAACGUCGCCGUCAUCGCCAUCAUCGGGCUCCGCGCCGCCGCCGCCGCCCGGGAAGAAUACGCCCGCCGCCGCCAACAAAGGCAAAGUUCCCGAUAAGCGACAGCAAAAGGUCAUCACGCCGGAGCUGCGCAAGCUGCUGAGCAGAAAGGUGGAGGUGCUGCCGCGCACGACGGUGGCUCAGAAGGGCGACGGCAUGCCUGCCAAAUAGCCGUCAGCUGCGGCGGCUGCGAUUAUCAUAUUUCUCUCUGUCGUCUAAGUAUUAUCCGUAACAUGAGCGUUGGAGCGUUCUGGGUUGAGUUUGGGUUUCGUUCGGGUACUUGAGUUGGGCGUCGGAUCAUCAGGCGGAUGGAUGGAUUUGCUCCCUGGUGGUGUUAUCACGCGAAACAUGCAAUGGCGAUGAUUUAUGAAGCUCCUUUUUGCAACUGAAGAAGCUAGCUAUCUGUGAAAGUAUGUAUGAUCCAGUGACAAAC